AUGUCGAAGGCCACCAAAUUCUCCAAGGAAGAGGAGCUCCUGCUCAACUCAUUCUCCGCUGAUGUCUCUGCCCAAGGAUCUGCUCUUUUCCUCGUCAACUCGCUUGUGACGUCCCUCGCCCCCGUGUAUCUCUUCUACGGGGUCCACCAUCUUGAGAUUUCUGAUGGUCUGUUCGUCUGGGCUAUUGCUGUGGCUGGGGCCACUUACUUGCUGACGUGGGCGGCCAAGAACCAGAAGCACCAACUGAAGCACAAGUUGGUGCUGAAGAGGUCUCAAGCCGUUGAGAGGGAGAUCAACAAGAAGUAUGCUGACGACAAGAAAAUCAGCCGUAAGGAGAAGGAGGAGCACGUGCUCUACCGACGCAAUGAGGUCGCCGACAGCGAGGCCACCUGGCUGGCCAUCUUUUUCAACAAUGUGCUGUUCUUCUCGCUCCUCCUGAUCUUGGCCUUCUUCCUGUUCGCCAACCUGAACCCGCUCAUCAACUCGUUCGUCUCCAUCGUUGGUGCCGCCGGCAUUGUCGCCUUCAUCUCGACGUCGAAGAAC